CAGCCGAGACAUGAUAUUUUAUUUUAUUAUACGAUGCGAGUCAUGAACGUCACACGUCGGUCGACAAUAAAAUUAAUAAUUGCGUUUAACUGUAAUCAAUGAAUUUAUUAUACUCAUAAUUAUUAUUAAUGCUGUAUUUGGCACCUUACAUUUUACAACAGCAGUGAUAUGAUAAAAUUUGAAUGUUUUUUUGGUUUUUUAAACGUAUGUGGAUGUGCUCUUUCAAUAGCAACGUUCAACAUGGGUUUCUUUGUACUUUGCAUCACAAUAUUAAUUAUUCUACUGUAUAAAGAGGAUAAAUUUAAAAUAAUUGACGAAAUGUACAUAAAGUUGGCAAUUAUUUUCUUAUUAUUCUUAUUAUAUUUGAUACUUUACUUUAAUAAUAAAUUGAAGAAAGCAACUUUUGUGCACAAUGUUUCAUUUAUUCAGCAGUGGUUGAUGUUUCAUUGCACAUUUUACACUCUAUUGUCUACUUUAUUGUGUUAUUAUCUAUUAAUAAAUCUACAUCAUAAAUGUGUGAUUGUCACAGCUAUUAUUAUUAUAGUUAUGGAAAUAUAUCAAAUACACAUAGUUCGAAGGUUUUAUAACAAUGAAUUAGAACAUUUAGCCACCUCAAAUUGUAACACGGACAUAACAAUGUUCUGUAAUUUUACAACAGUUCAAAUGGAAGAAAUAAGUGAUAAGUAUACCCAAUAUAAAAGUAUAAAAUAUUCAAACUAAAAUACUAUGUUUCAUAAGAAUGUACUUGGAUUUUUGUAUAGAAAGCAUUAA